AUUGUGGUCAUCGGUGACUGGACUUGCAGAUACUAACUACAGGCGCUCACUACAAGCAAGUGGAACGUCAGAGAAUGCAUCCGAGGUCAGGGUGGUACGUUGUGGUAACCUGGCUACUUCUGACGUUGGCAGCGACACCUGGUGCUGAUCAAGGGGCCGACACAACGCGAGAAGCAAACAAAGGGGGCGCCAGUGUCGUGGAGGCCGUGGUCGAUCUCAUUCGCUCCAACUGCAUCUUCUCCGAGGAUCGUCUGUUUCUUAGACGAUUGGCCUACGUUGAGUCACGUGACGGCACAGACAUCAAAACAUACAGACCUGGCUAUGACGGGGGCAUCUGGCAGGUGGACGAGGACAAGUUCAACGCAACGUUGGCCUGCAGCUCGGUUCUGGCGACCUACUGUGCCAAGAUCAGACAACCUCCCUUUAACAUCAACUGGAGGAGUGUCACGUGGUCAGACCUGCGCAAACCGCUGUACUCGGGACUGGCGGCCACCUUCUACCUGCUGCUGAGACUCGGGGACAGCACUUCCGCCAUACCUGGCGACAUCAAGAACCAGAGCAUCCUGUGGUCCCAGUAUUACCGGCCAGGCCUCCACCCGUCCAACUUUGAGAGCGUGGCCGACAACUCCACGGCUUUUGACUGCAAGAGGGAGACGGACAUGGUCUUCGUGUUGGACAGCUCAGGGAGCAUCAGUGACUCCAACUUCGACCUCAGCCUCGACUUCGCUGCUCGAGUUGUAGAGGCCAUGAGCAUUCCUGAGCCGCUGAGAGUGGCCGCCCUUAUCUACGCCAACUCUCCUGUCAUCGAAUUUAACUUCAGCAAGGAGCAGACAAGCCCUGGGGUGGCCGCAGCUAUCCGAGGGAUACGACGAGUGACGGGAGGAACAGCCACAGACAAGGCACUGGACAUGGCGCGCUCCUCUCUCCUCUCUAACUCCUCCAGUGCCAGGGAGGGCGCCAACAGAGUGGUGGUGCUGGUCACUGAUGGUCAGUCGGACAACACCAACAGGACCAUUCAAGCUGCAGAGCGACUGAGGGACGAAGGACAGGCCGCCGUGUUUGCAAUCGGGGUGGGCGGGUACAGUCUGCCAGAGCUGAAGGCCGUGGCCACUCAACCGAAAUGUCUGCACGUCUUCACGCUUGACGACUUCGCCGUCAUCAGCAGCAUCAUCUAUGAGAUACAGCGCAGCACGUGCACCGCACACCAGACUAUUGGCGUGGACAAGACCAACAUCGAGCUCAACUCUACUCAGGACACUGGAGCCUUCGUCAUCCCCAGGCAGGAGCCGAACAAAACAGUGAUGUUUGAAGUCCAGUGCGGCACCCUGGAUGUGUACGUGUCCUUCACCAACCCCAAGCCCAGCCCCGCCCUGUACACCCACAAGUACACAGCUCGGGACGGUCGUCCUGCCUACCUGCUGACGUCAUCAGCUAACGACGGGCUGCCGGUGUACAUCAGUGUCGUGGGCACGCAGCUGCCGCCGUCGCUGGCCGCCAUAGAGCAGUGCACUGGCUUCCGAAUACACAUCGCCACAGUAGACAGGCCAUGGCCAGUAAGGUGUUGUAACGACCAGGUGUGUCGAGAUUGUACAAAGUCGGAUCUACUUCAGCAGAUAACUCUUCUUACAGAUGUUUGUGACACAAGAGACCUCAGCUUCCAGAACCCCUGUACCCGUGAGGCGCUGCUGGCAGGCAAGACCAUCUUUCCCUACAUCUACGACUCCAAUAAAUUUAUCCGAUGUGAUUACCGUGGCAACGCUUACGUCACACUCUGCCCGCGGGGUCAAACCUUCAACUCGGGUAGCUUGAGCUGCGGCAGCGAGGUAUCUGGGGUACCCUAUGGCAGACCUCUACCUGCCUCUUACCCGAACCCGUGUACCCCAGAGAAACUACUCGCCCAGUACUUCUUCUUUGAGUACCCACCCGACAGGCAGCUGUUCAUUCACUGUGACCCCUGGGGUGGGGCCUGGCUACAGACAUGCCCAACUCUGGAGGUUUGGAAUCAAGAGCUGCUGACCUGUGUGGUGGAUCAUCCACUUGCACCCACCACCAACCUACCCGCCACCAUGAUCAACCCCUGCACACCCGAGAUGCUGGCAGCAGGCAAGUUCUUCCACCCGUAUCUGUGCGACCACACCCGCUACAUCCACUGUGACAUCACAGGCCAAUACUGGGUGCAGUACUGCCCAGUCGGCAUGUUCUACCACCCCGAGGUCUUUGUCUGUGUCGUAGGCGACCCUCAAGGGAGCUCCGGUGCCAAGACUGAAAUCUUUCUUUGAUGUAACUCCAGUUACUCCCCUCUUCUCACCUCUGACCUCAGUUGUCCCACCCUCCACUUCUCUAGGGUACUACAAAUGCUUUCCAAAGUACAGUCCUACCCCGUAGACAGGUAACUGGUUGUAUAUCAUCCUUCUCUGCUCUGAUACAAGUUAUCUUCUUCCCCACAAGGUGUGUGGCUUUUAUUUCCACACGUUUUAUACGACAUACAUUCAUAUAUAUAUAAAAUAUAUUCAUAUUAAAGCCAAGGUGUGUGGCUUGUACAUGUACAUAUUUCUGUAUAUAAAAUGGUUGAUAUACACUCAUAUUAAAGUCAGCAUGGA